UUUCUUUCCCUUCUUUAUCUUAUCAUUUUUCUCUUUUUCUUUCUUUUCCUCUUCAAUUCUUUGCUCGUCCAAAGUUUUAAUUAUGUCCUUAACUUUAUUUGUAAUUGAAGUUUCUUCACAAAAUUUUUUUAAAACUUUUUUCUCUUUAUUUUUGUAUUUUUCCUCCAUAUUUUUACAAAAUUCUAUUUUUAAUAAAAUUACAACAAUUCCAAUAUUCUCAGCUUUUUCUAAUUCUUCUAAUUCUUUUAAUUCUUUUUGUUGUUCAAUAACUUUUGUAGCAACCAAUUUUAAUGUAUUUUUCUUAUGCUAA